AUGAAUCAAGAAACGGCUAAGAAACUGGUACAGGAAGGUGGAUUGUUUAUAUUUUUAAAUGUUCCUGAAGGAACUGAGUUUGGGAUUGACAUGAAAUCAUGGAAUACCGGGGAAAAAUUUAGAGGUGUUAAAAUGAUUCCGCCCGGAGUUCAUUAUAUAUUUUAUAGCGCAACUAGUAACACUGGUGACAUAGCGCCCAGGACUGGUUUUUUUCAUAACUUUAGGAAAUCGGAAAUUUUGGUGAAAAAAUGGGACAGUCAACUUGAAGAUAUUAGCCAGGAAGAAGUUUCGCAGGAGGAAAUUGUAAGGCUCAAAGAUAACAUUAAGGCUUUGGAUGGAUUCUUAGGGCCAUACCCUUUUGAUAUACUAGACAAAUGGAAUAACUUGUGUGGGAAUAUCAAUGAUGAUUUAAUAAAAAUAUUAACACCUCUAAGUGGUAAAGUAAGGUCAGCUCUGGAAUUACAGUCUUGUUCAAAUGCUGAUAGACCUAAAGGCGUUAAAAAAAACCCAAAUGAUGCAGAAACAAGUUCUGGUUCUAGUCCUAAAAAGUCAAGAUUAUCAAAUGACACAGAACAUAAUUUUCUCCCAGAUUUAAAACCAAUAGAAGGAACUGAAUUAAGAUUAACUGAAUUUCCUAAAAAAAAUUACCCAGAUGGUGCAACUCCUUCAGAAAUAACAAAACAUUCUUUAGAUUCAACUUAUGUUUUGGAUAUGAUGGUUUCAAAAUUAAGUGAUCCCGUGAACAUAAUAGGUGAAUUGGAAUUUUGUUAUAUUUGUUUUUUGGUUGGACAUAGUUUAGAAGCUUUUGAACAUUGGAAGAAACUGUUUUCUUUAUUUUGUUCAUGUGAAUCAGGAAUAAAAAAGUACAGAAAAUUAUAUGAUCUAUUUUUUUCUGAUAUUUCUAUACAAAUAAAAGAAAUCCCUGAAGAAUUUUUGGCUGAUAUAGUGGCUAAUAAAAACUUUGUGUAUGUUAAACUUAAAAAUUUAUUUAAUGUUAUUAAAAGCUCAGAUUUGGAUGGGCAAUUAAAAAUGAAAGUGGAGAGGUUUCAAAAAGAAUUAACUGAUACAUAUUAUUGGGAUUUUCAACAUUUAGAAUCUGAUGAAGAGGAUGAGGCACCUGUUAUUGUAGAAAUCUAG